AUCGCGUCGGCUCGCGUCGCAACGGUGGCUGUCAAGUGUCGGCGAUGCCCCGAAUACCCACGCGACUACACUCGCUCCAAGAAUCGAUUUUACCUAGUGGCGUAUUUUCCAGCCAACAACACUCGGGGUGCCAAAACAGGUGGAUCCGGGGUCUCACGAUCUCCACAAUUCCCCAUUCAUUCUGGAAAGCGUCCAGAAAAUCACGAGCGCUGGCUUUGGGAACGGCAGCCAGACUCAGUCUUAUUGCUGGAAAGCCGAGGAUCACUAAGCCCUUCAAUUGCCCCGCCCCCACCAUGGUCCUGAUAGCUAUGUGCUCAUCACUUAGCCAGAGCUGUAGAAUGUUCUCAACACUAUCUUAAAGCUCUCAAUUCGAUUGAUUAUCCUGACCUUUCCUCCCUUGCUUUUCUUACAUACCACAUUACAGCUGUACACACAUCACAGUGGCAGUUACAAUUCCCUUCAGACAGAACUCACGGCAGCCGUCGCGCCAGAUGACCGACCCUCGCAACGAGAUCCGUCCUCAUGUCGACCACUACAUCGGUAUCGAUGUUGGUACAGGCAGCGCCAGAGCCUGUAUCAUGAAUGAUCAGGGUGACAUCGUUGGAUUGGCUUCAGAAAACAUUGGCCUCUGGCAGCCACAGACCGGCUACUAUGAACAAUCUACAACAGACAUCUGGCGAUGCAUCUGCUCAUCCGUCCGCCGGGCAAUGGACCAACACAACAUUGACCGAGACUCUAUCCGUGGUAUUGGCUUCGAUGCUACAUGCUCGCUCUCCGUCUUCUCAGAGGACACCGAUAAGCCCAUCUCAGUCACUGGUCCGCACUUCGACAACAGAGACGGUAACGACCGCAACGUCAUUCUAUGGCUCGACCACCGACCAGUCGAGGAGACUGAGAAGAUCAACGCUACCAAUCACAACCUUCUCCGCUACGUUGGAGGCAAGAUGUCCAUCGAGAUGGAAAUACCCAAGGUUUUGUGGCUGAAGAAUAACAUGCCGAAGGAGCUUUUCGAUCGCUGCAAGUUUUACGAUUUGGGCGAUGCACUGACACAUUUAGCAACCGGAAGUGAAACUCGAAGCUACUGCAGUGUAGUUUGUAAGCAAGGCUUCGUCCCCGUUGGCGUCGAUGGAAGUGUAAAGGGUUGGCAGGAAGACUUCCUCAGGAAGAUUGGUUUGGAGGAUUUGUGCGAGGACAAUUUCAAGCGCAUGGGAGGUGUUGACAAAGUGAAUGGACGUUACCUCACUGCUGGUGAGCUUGUCGGAACCCUCAGCGAGAAGGCUGCGGCAGAGAUGGGUCUCAAUCCAGGCGUUGCUGUUGGCAGCGGUGUCAUCGACGCCUAUGCUGGCUGGAUUGGUACUGUCGGUGCCAAAGUCAAACUUGACGAAGAUACUCUCGACAUGGACCACGCAAAGAACGACGUCGAGCAGGCGUUCACACGACUGGCCGCAGUUGCAGGAACAUCAACCUGCCAUCUUGCCAUGUCUCGCGACCCAGUCUUCGUACCCGGUGUUUGGGGCCCUUACCGAGAUGUCCUGCUACCCGAAUACUGGAUGGCAGAAGGCGGCCAAAGUGCAACAGGAGAGCUGCUCAAGCACGUCAUCGAGACCCAUCCUGCAUUCAAAGAAGCCUCCUCUGUCGCAGAGACCUUCAACACAAACAUCUACGACUACCUGAACGAGCAUCUCCACGAGAUGGCCAAGCGUGAAAGCGCACCACACAUCUCAUGGCUCGGUCGCCACUUCUUCUUCUACGGCGACUUGUUUGGCAACCGCUCCCCUAUCGCAGACCCCAACAUGAAGGGCUCAGUCAUCGGGUUGAGCUCUGACAAGAGUCUGGACGGCCUGGCGCUGUACUACUACGCUACACUGGAAUUCAUCGCGCUGCAGACUCACCAGAUCGUAUCAACGAUGAACGAGUCCGGACACGUCAUCUCGUCUAUCUUCAUGUCUGGCUCGCAAUGUCAGAACGGCCUGCUUAUGCAGCUCGUCGCUACUGCUUGCGACAUGCCCGUCCUGAUUCCGAAGUACGUUCACGCUGCUGUCGUACAUGGUGCUGCUAUGCUUGGUGCGAAGGCGGCGAGCACAGACAAGGACGGCAACAGUGAACCUCUCUGGGAUAUUAUGGACAGGUUCAGUAAGCCUGGUAAGACGGUGAAACCAAUUACGGACAAGAACGUCAAGAAGCUAUUGGAGGCUAAGUACAAGGUCUUCCUGGAGCAGAUUGAGGGGCAACAAAGGUAUAGGAGUGAGGUUGAUGCUGCGGUUAACGGCUGGACCACAGCGAAGUAAAUGAAGGACUCUUCCGCUACGAACAACACAUCGACGGCAACCCCAUAAAUCCAAAGUUCAUACCACUUCACUCUUUUGUAACGAUGACGUGGAGUUAGCGGUCAUUUCUUAUCGCCUGAUGCGAAUUU